AUGAAGGAAGUUCAAUUAUAUUUAACGAAAAUUAUUUCAAAUUAUAUAGAUGGAGUUUAUGAAUACAAUGAUGGUUCCAUGUAUGCAGAUUUGAAACUAACUAUGAAUACUAUCAAAACAAAACUGUCCUCUUCAACCCUGACUUCUACCACUUUAAUUAAAGCAGCACAAAUGAUGCAAUUAAUGCUGGGACUGGAAGAUGUGAGUGAAAAACAAAAUUCAAUUAUUGAGGAAACAUCUGGUUCAAAACAUCCCAAGCCAAACGAGAAUUCUUCGCCUUAUGCUGUUUUCUGCAGAGAAAUUGAUUUUCGAAGGGAAGAAAUGAAAUUAACCUAUGCAAAUAACGCACCAGCACGAAAUGUAGCAGAGGCACGAUGUGAAAAAUUAGAUGAAUUUUAUUCUUCGAAAUUUGAAUUAGGAAAAGGAAUGUUGAGUGGAGAUAUUUUUGUGACAAGGGCAGAAUCAGUGAUGGCAACUGUUGGAGGGAUUACUGGCAAAAUGAAAUUCACGAGAAUUGCCGAUUCCAAAAACGCCAAUAGCUAUUGUAUUGACAUUAAGAAAAACACAGUACUAGUGACGUCUCCAAAAAGUCUUAACAGUUACAAGAUUAGCACAAAUUCUCAAUUGGAACCAUCAUAUGCUAAAGAGUUUACCAUCAAUGCAUCUAAUGAUAACAUAUCAUUUGGUGCUGUUGCAACUCUGGAUGGUUUAGUUGCUGUUGCUGACACCUCACAAAAUGUGGUCUAUUGUUAUAGCCCAUACACCAAAAAACCUUCACACGGUUUCAAGCUUCCUGUUUAUGAAAACAACAGAAGCAUUUACAUGAUGAAAUUUCAUCCAAUGACGCGAACAUUAUUUACUGCAUCAUCCAAUGUAAUAUUUUCAGUGUUCAUGGAAAAUAGAUUCUAUGAUGUGCCAUUUGUAGGUUUUGGAAGUACAGUGACAGACUUUUGCUUUGAUCCAACUUCGGCAUCAGUAUUACUAGCAAGCAGUGCCGACCACAAUGUGUAUUUAUUUGACUACCGACAACAAGUUUCGCCCAUUUUAAAAUUUCAGGGUCAUGCAGAUCGAGUGGAAGCAUGUGAAUUUUCUCUCGUGGGAGGUAUACCAUUUGUGUGGAGUGCAGGAAAUGACGAGUCAAUACGUUGCUGGGAUUUACGAAUGCAAGCACCACUGUAUGAGCUGUCCACAGGGAAUGGUCGACCUCUAUCCAUUCAAUGGCAUGACUCGUCCUCUACAUUGCUUUGUAAUGUUGCCUUUGAUCAUUGCAAUAGUGAAGAAUGGCCAGAGACUGCCAUGCACAACCGAAAACACUUUUCAAAGAAGUUUAGCAUUACAUCAUCAGCUAUUAUACGGUAUCAAUUUAAGGAUUCUAUACCUUUCAAUUGCAGUAGCGUUCAUUCGUCAGGAAGAUCUCCACAGCUUGGCGGCUCUUCAUCCGUCGCUUCAAGCAACCAUUCCACACAAACUUCCUCUAAGAAGAGCUCUCAAAAAUCAAAGAAAAGAAAAUAA